UGUGGUUUAUUGCUCUGAGGAAAGAAUACUCUAAAGAGUAUAUUAAUAUAGAGGGGAAUACUCAAUACGUACCUACCUACUCUGUACCUACUCAUUUUAUGAAUUUCUUGCUAAAACAAUUAAUCUUAAAUACUUACAUAGUCUAAUUAUUGUUUUAUAAUAAUUUUCAACACUAGAAAUUGUGAAAUAAGAGUGGAGGAUGGAUAAUCGCCGUAAAUAUUCACGCAAUGAAGAACGGAGCGAAGAUGUUCCUGUAUACUCCAGAUUAUUUGUUGUUUGUGAUCGUAAUUUAAAAGAAGAAACAUUACGCGAUGAAUUUUCAAAAUUUGGCAUCAUUGAUGAUCUGCGAAUUCCACUAGAUCAUAAUACUGGCGAGCCCAAAGGAAUAGCAUUUAUAAAAUACUCUAAAACUUCAGAAGCUGCAGUUGCUCUUGAAAACAUGCAUGGAAAAACUUUGAGAUCUCGUCAGCUUAAAGUGAUGGUAGCUGCAAACCGAUCGGAUAUUCAAACGGAUGAACUCGAUGAUGAAAAAUAUAGACGUUUAUUCUUACAUAUUGCUAAGGAAAUGAAUGAAGACCAUGUAAAAGAACAUUUUCAACAGUAUGGGUUUGUUGAAGAUGUCUUGGUUCAAAGAGACAGAAAUACAGGAGCUCCUAGGGGGUUUGCAUAUGUAAAAUUUCGAAAAUUUUCUGAAGCUGCAAUUGCAUUUGAGCAAUGUGAUAGACGUUACCGAGCUAUCUUUGCAAGUCCUAAAGGACAAAGACGCCCUGAGACGACUUUUGAAUCAAAUAUAAAUUCACUAGUGGCUGGUAAUUCUAUCAUGUCUAUGAUGAAUGUGAGACCGAAAGGUUUUACUCGUCUACAUUUCAUGUGCAGUCCUUAUUUGCUGGAAAUGCAUGUUGCGCGGCUAUUUAAUAUAAUACCUGGUAUGAUAAAUUGUAAGCUUAUAUUUGAUAUAGUUCGGAAUUUCAGUAAAGGUUUUGUUGAAUAUUCCAAUCCAAUUUGUGCACAAUAUGCACUCGAACAACUAAAUGAGUUUGAAUAUCCUCCAGGACAGAGGAUAUUUGUCAAACCUGCCACCCUGAACUUUGGUCAGCAUGAGGAGAAUUCAUUCAAUUUACCUAACACUGUUAACAAGCUGAAGGAUGCCAUAAAUUCCACACAGAAUUCCCAAACUCCCGAUUUAGCAAAACUUGCCGAAGCAAUUGCAGAGGCUUCCAAAAUCAUAAAAAUGGCAACAGCUGGUGUUGCUGAUGAUAAUAUUCCAGAUGCUGGUGAUUUGAAUUACUGUAGUGUUGCAUUGCCAUCACCCCAACCAUUGGCAGAUAUUGAUAGCCCUGUAGCCAAGAGGUGCUUUUUGAUUUGUAAGCCACAACCUCCUCCAUUAACAGUUUUACGUGAUAUAUUUUGUCGUUUCGGUAAUCUUAUCAAUGUAUAUACUUUACCGAAUAAGACAGUAGGUUAUGCGCGUUACUCAACUGUUGAGUCGGCAGAUAUGGCAAUCAAAACCUUACAUGGGGCAGAAAUUUGCGGUGUAAGAAUAAAAGUCAUAGAGGCGGAGGAAGAGGUGCCCAACAAAAGACCGAGGUUCGACUAAACAGAACAGACAACAUGACUCGGACAAGACGCGAAGACAUACGCUGGACGUACCGACAAUUGGAUUUGUUAACAUACUUACAGACAAAUAAAUUAUUUAAGAAUAACUGACAUUUCUUGAGUAUUUGCGUACAAUAUUGUUCCAAAACUUGUGAGUUGGUACUAUUAUAUUUCUACUUCUUACAACAUUUUAAAGACUUGAUGUGAUUCAAUAAAUUUCUCAUAAAGUUUACAUUGUAUUGUACGCAAACUAUACCCCACAACAUUCCCAUAUAAGUUGACUUGGACAAGGAAAAUAAAGACAAACU